CCAUCUCUCACGACGCCGCAGAUCCCCCCCCUGCACGUGUUCGACUCCCGCUCACGGCCAACGUCAGCGACGAUUAUCUCUAAAACCGCUCCUGGUCGCCAACUCGAAACGUUCUGCUGCUGAUAGAGGCGACAGACAAGGGCAGGGGGAUCUUUCUUUGUGUGUGUGUGUGCCAAGGAGCGCACACACCCGUUUCGUGUGGCCAAAUAGUUAAUAGGCUCAGGGCAAGCAGGAAAGCAGCUCCCCCACCACCACCCCGCCUACCUCUCCCCUCCCCGCUCUCCACGGCUAGAGGGACGUGAGCGGGAGAGAGUCGAUAUAAAGCUGGGGUGGAAGGGAACCCUCCCUUCACCAUCAUCAUCACCACCACCACCGCCGUCGGAGAGCGAUCAACUCCACAACUGCUGGGCGCAUCCAUUCAUCUCGUGAUCCUAAACGAGCGGCGCUCCUCCUCCUCCUCCUCGGCGCCAUGACGGACGUGAAGAAGAGGGGCUCCUCCUCGUCGUCACCGUGCGACGACCCCCACGCCGGCAAGACGAUGCUGCCGCACGAGGACGACGGCGGGGCGGCGGCGGUGUGCGGGUCGGGCGGCGAUCCCACGGUGGAGCUCAAGCGCACCAUCACGCUCACCAACGGCGUCGCCAUCAUCGUGGGCACCAUUAUCGGCUCGGGAAUCUUCGUAACGCCCACGGGCGUGGUGAAGGAGGCGGGCUCGGUGGGCCUCUCGCUCAUCGUGUGGGCCGUGUGCGGCCUCUUCUCUACGGUGGGCGCGCUCUGCUACGCCGAGCUGGGCACCACCAUCAGCAAGUCGGGCGGUGACUAUGCCUACAUCCUGGAGGUGUACGGCCCGCUCGUCGCCUUCCUCAAGCUCUGGAUCGAGCUGCUCAUCAUCCGGCCCUCGUCGCAGUACAUCGUGGCGCUCGUCUUCGCCACCUACAUCAUCAAGCCGCUGUUUGCGUGCACCACGGUGCCCACCGUGGCCGCCAAGCUCGUGGCCUGCCUCUGCGUCAUGACGCUGACGAUCGUGAACAGCUACAGCGUGAAGGCGGCCACGCGAGUCCAAGAUUUCUUUGCUGCGGCCAAGCUGCUGGCGCUCGGGGUCAUCAUCGUGCUGGGCUUCGUGCAGAUCGGGCGCGGUGACGUCCCCUACCUGGAGUCGGAUAAGGUGUUUGACGGAACAAAAACGGACGUGGGCAGCAUCGUGCUGGCUCUCUACAGCGGCCUCUUCGCUUACGGAGGAUGGAAUUACUUGAAUUUUGUCACCGAAGAGAUGAUUGAGCCCUUCAAAAACCUUCCCCGGGCCAUCAUCAUCUCGCUGCCCAUCGUCACCAUCGUCUACGUGCUCACCAACCUGGCGUACUUCACCACGCUGUCCCCUCAGAGCAUGCUGGACUCCCAGGCCGUCGCAGUGGACUUUGGGAACUAUCACCUGGGUGUGAUGUCCUGGAUCAUUCCCGUGUUCGUCAGCCUUUCCUGCUUCGGCUCGGUCAAUGGGUCCCUCUUCACCUCCUCCAGGUUGUUCUUCGUGGGCGCUCGCGAAGGGCACCUGCCCAAUUUGCUCUCGAUGAUUCACCGGCGCCUCUUCACUCCGGUGCCUUCCCUCCUCUUCACGUGCCUCAUGACGCUGCUGUACGCCAUCUCGGAUGACAUCUUCUCCGUCAUCAACUUCUUCAGCUUCUUCAACUGGCUGUGCAUCGCCAUGGCCAUCUGCGGCAUGAUGUGGCUGCGCUACAAGGAGCCGCAGAGAGAUAGGCCCAUCAAGGUGAACAUCCUGUUGCCGAUCUCGUUCGUGCUGGCGUGCAUCUUCCUCAUCGUCGUGUCCGUGGUGGUGACGCCGGUCGAGUGCGGCAUCGGCCUCGGCAUCAUCCUCACCGGGAUCCCCGUCUACUUUGUGGGCGUGCGGUGGCAGAACAAGCCGCCGUCGCUGCUUAACCUCAUCAGCUCCAUGACGAUCCUAUCGCAGAAGGUUUUGGAGGUGAUCCCGCAAGAGUCGUGACCCUUCUUGCUCCAACGAAGCCGAAAUCUCUCCACAGCAAAACCACAUUCUCUACUGUGUUUGGGUGGGGUGGGAGAUGGGGGAGGGUUAGGGGGGAGGGUUAGGGGGGGGGGGGGGUUGCCAAUUUGUUACCAGACUUGAUUUCGAAAUGUUUUGCUCCUACACACCCAUACAAACAGAAACUUCUGUGCCACACAAGCCAUCACACAUUUGCCGCUUAUUAAGUUCUCUUAGCUGUCCGUGUGAGAGUAUUCGGCAGGAGGCCUUCGAAGCUCUGUUUUUCUUCGAGUCCUAUUACACGCCAACGUUACAAAUCUUAUCAACUCGUUCUUGUGGGCACUUUUUUUUUUAAACAACUAAUUUAUUACUGUACUUCAUUCCCUUUUUUUUGCAUUUACAUCUCCUAGUGUUUUUUUUUGUGCCAGAAAAAGUCCUUAAGACACUGUUUACAUAUAGCGUCGUGAAACGGAAACACCGCGGGUGGUCAGUUCAGCCUCGACCACAAUAUGAAUUCACGUGGGGAACAAGGAGAGAUCUUUCGAGUAUUCAUUAAAGCUGAGUAUUUUGCAGCAGCCUUUGCAUUACAAAUAUCGGGAAGUUUUGUCCUCGUUUCAAACUUUACAGCCUCGCCCCUCGACUUGUCUGUUACGGGCACAGUCCAGAGGGGCUGGCUGUCUGCCUGCCUGGUGGGGCAGGGCCGGCAAAGACCAGGCGGGGCGGGGCGGGGCCUGUGAGCAGUGGGCAGGUCCAACGUGUGAGCGAGCGAGCGAGAGAGAGCAGCAGGAGGGAGGCCGCCGCUCACUGUGUGGGCAGUGCUAGUGGUGGAGUGGGCGUGGCUUCGUGAGUGGGCGGGGCUGGUGGAGGAAAGGGGCCGUCCAGGUCGCCCGCCAGCAGGCGUCACGUGUCCUGGUCAAGCCCCACAGGAAGUUUGGUGGCCAUGCGUAAACAGAAAAGGGGUCCUGAAAAUUUUCAGCGUUUUAUAACUUCGGCUGCCGUUGUACGUGGCUGUUUUUUUUCUGGAGCUCUUUUUUUUUCCCCUCUCUUCCCCCCCGUGUGCUUAAAAAGGAAGGCUAUUUUAAAUGGCGACGUGGAAAGGCCGUAAAGUAUUUGUCCCAUGAGUUUUUGUACACUUUAAUGCGUACAUGUAAGGAAGUGUGUCAUUUGUAAAAGCAAUUAAUUUGUGUUUGAAGUCAUACUUUAUUUAAAAGAGUUGUGGGCGGCAUUACGAAAGACUGAGGCUGUUGAUACUUUUAUCAAAGUGACGUGUGCCAUUGGGUGCAAACAGAUUCCCAAAGGAGCUUGCAUAACAACGACUGAACAUCUAUUAAAAAAGAGCAUCAUAGCUCAUUGGAUUCCUCCAGUCUGAAUAUUCUGACUAUGGUGAAGUAUGUUUAAUGUGUGACCACAUCAUCCAUCGUGCACUUGCACGUUGACUAAUGCACACAUGAAACCGAAUAAACCGAUACUACGCUUACGA